AUGGCCGGAAGAGUACCGCUCGUUGUGCCUGCUCUUAAGAAGCACACCGCGACUGUUAUUGUUGCUCACGGUUUGGGCGACUCAGGCGCAGGAUGGAUCUUUCUCGCGGAGAACUGGCGUCGCCGCAGCAAGUUUGAGGAAGUUUCAUUCAUCUUCCCUAACGCGCCUAGCAUUCCCAUCACUCUGAACAUGGGCAUGAGCAUGCCGGGCUGGUACGAUAUCAAGUCGCUCAGCACCCUCACCGACCGCGAGGAGGACGAAGCCGGCAUUAUCAAAUCCCGUGACUACUUCCAUUCACUCAUCGACGCCGAAGUCGAGAAGGGCAUCCCCGCGGACCGAAUCGUUAUCGGUGGUUUCUCGCAAGGAGGCGCUAUGUCUCUGCUGUCCGGCGUCACAUACAAGAACCAGCUAGGAGGUAUCUUCGGUCUCAGCUGCUAUUUGCUGCUCCAGAAGAAGAUCAAGGACCUGAUCCCCACCGAGAACCCCAACCAGAGCACGCCUAUCUUCAUGGGACACGGCGACGCCGACCAAGUUGUUGCACACAAGUACGGCAAACUUAGUGCCGAUGAGCUCAAAAACCACGGGUACAAGGUCGACUUCAGGACAUACAAGGGUCUGGUGCACUCAGCAGACGCUGACGAGAUUGACCAUCUUGAGGCCUACCUGAAGCAGCAGAUCCCGGCUCUUGGUGAGUCUGGGAACUCUCUCUGA